AUGUCACAAUCGUUUGCCGUUCCUCUGGCAAAUACCAGAAACGUCACUAUUGUAGCCCAUGUCGAUCACGGAAAGACGUCCUUUGCGGACAGUCUCCUGUCAUCCAACAAUAUCAUCUCAUCUCGAAUGGCCGGUAAAUUGAGAUUCCUCGAUUCAAGAGAAGAUGAGCAGGAAAGAGGAAUAACGAUGGAAAGUAGUGCUGUGUCUCUACGAUUUGACAUGAACAGAAUUGGUCCAGGUGGUAUAGCUUCAACGUCAAAACAUCUGUGUAAUGUCAUCGAUACACCUGGUCAUGUUGAUUUCGCUUCCGAGGUAUCUACCGCUUCGAGAUUAUGUGAUGGUGCUUUGGUAUUGGUAGAUUGCUGGGAAGGUGUCUGUACACAGACAAUAGCAGUCCUCCGGCAAGCAUGGGUAGACAGACUACGUCCAUUACUGGUGAUCAACAAGAUCGACCGAUUGAUCACCGAAUUACAAAUGUCACCUUCAGAGGCAUAUCAUCAUCUCUCACAAUCAAUCGAGCAGGUCAAUGCAGUGAUGGGUUCGUUCUACGCAUCAGAGAGGAUGGAAGACGACUUACGUUGGAGGGAAGAAAGGGAGAAGAGACUCGCAGCUCGAAAAUCAGCUCAAGAAGAACAGAACGAUAUUAACACGGAAGAGAAUGAUGAACUAUUGGAUAAAGAGUUUGAAGAGAAAGAAGAUGAAGAUAUUUAUUUCGCACCUGACCGAGGAAACGUCUUGUUCGCUUCUGCAAUAGAUGGAUGGGCGUUCAGAUUGGGUAAAUUUGCAAGAUUAUAUGCAGAGAAAUUGAAGAUCAAAGAAUCAAACUUGAGGAGAGUCCUAUGGGGAGAUUGGUAUCUCGAUCCCAAGACGAAAAGAGUAGUAGGCAGGAAGAAAUUGGUGGGAAGAAAUCUAAAGCCAUUAUUUGUGCAAUUUGUGCUUGAGAACAUAUGGAGAGUUUACGAUACCGUUUUGAACCAACACGAUCCUGAGGCUACACAGAAGAUCGUGACUGCUCUGGGAGUACGAGUGACACCUCGAGAUAUACGAUCAAAAGAUACUCGAAAUCUCCUCAAUAUCAUCAUGCAACAGUGGCUCCCCCUUUCCACUGCUACUUUCCAAGCUGUGAUCGACGUCAUUCCUUCACCGUCCGAUGCUCAAGCUAUCAGAUUACCAUUCAUGCUCCAUCCGGAAAAAGCAGCCGCUUCCAAUACUGCACUUACUGCUUCCAACGAAAUGGAGAAAGGUCUUUAUGGAUGCGAUCAAUCUGAAGAUGCCAAUGUAGUCGCAUACGUCAGUAAAAUGUUUGCGGUGGAACGAAGUGAACUGCCAGAGUUCAAACCUAAAGAAAUGACCGCCGAGGAGAUGAGACAGCGAGGUAAAGAAGAGAGAGAGAGACGCGCAGCCUUAUUAGCUAGUCGUCAGGAGAUCGCCGGUACACCAAACGGAGUACCUUUACCUGAAAAUGGCGGCGAAGACCUCAUGAAACCUUUAGAUGCGAUAUCUCUGAUUGAUAAAGGAACAGAAACCCCGUUGAUACCGAUAGAUGAAUCCUCCGAAGUGCUAUUAGGUUUCUCAAGGAUUUUCUCAGGUGUAUUGAGGAGAAAUACUCCUCUUAUAGUCACAUUACCAAAAUACGAGAAUGAGCUUGGCCCGACUCACCCUAGAAAUGCUAAACAUAUCUUCAAGGUAGAGGCGAGAGAUUUAUAUAUGAUGAUGGGCAGAGAGUUGGUCUCGGUAGAAGAAGUACCUGCAGGUCAUGUUUGUGCGAUUGGCGGAUUGGAGAGGGUCGUACCGAGAAGUGCCACGUUGUGGGCACCGAACGCACAAGGAGUGGAAGAUCUGAAGGAAGAUACGGAGCUAGUCAAUUUAGCUGGUGUUAAUCUACUGUCUGCUCCAAUCGUCCGAGUUGCCCUCGAACCUGAAAAUCCAAGUGACAUGCCUAAACUUAUCAAAGGACUGCAAAUUCUCAAUCAAGCGGAUCCAUGCGCGGAAUACCUCGUGCAAGAGACAGGUGAACAUGUCAUCAUCACCGCAGGUGAAAUUCAUCUACAGCGGUGCAUAAAAGACCUGCAGGAGCGAUUCGCGAAAUGCCCAAUACAACAAUCUGCUGUGAUUGUUCCCUUCAGAGAAUCAGCAGUCAAAGCGCCAGAUAUGUUACCACCGAAAACGGCAGGUGCGCCGAGAGGUACGGUCAACGGAUCAAUCCUCAAUGGAUUGGUCACCUUCACUAUACGCGCUUUACCUCUACCACCAGCAAUAAUAGAGUUCCUCCUUUCUCACAUCAGUACUGUCGGUUCUAUGUUAGUACAGAAACGCGAUCAGUCGAAUGAGAAUGAGGAGGACCAGGAGGAAAGGGAUGCAGGAGAAGGAGGUGCUGAACAGAGUCGGAUGCUGACCCCUGAGCAAUUCUGGAGUGAACUGGAGGAGUUGAUGAACAAAGCAGGAGGUGAUUGGGCAGACGCGGCUGAUAGGAUCUGGUCGUUUGGGCCGAAGAGGAUGGGUGCGAACAUCCUGUUAGAUCCAGCGGGGAAAAGCCAACUUCGUCUGAGAGGUAAAGAGAAGCUCUUCGCCGAUGCUCGAGCAAAAGGUCAAUCUGCCGAUGCAGCUUUACAAACUGCCGAUAAUGCUCUGGCUCAGGACCAACUAGCUUCUAUCGCCUCUGCAAACGAAACGGAUGAUAGUGCUCGAGCCGAGCUGAGGUUGUUGAGGGACUUCGAGAAUUCUAUCGAAGCUGGAUUCCAAAUGGCUACUUUCCAAGGACCGCUAUGUUCCGAACCUGUCGUUGGUAUGGCAUGGGUCGUGGAGAAUGUAGAGUUGAACAAAGAGGAAUUCGAAUCUGAGCAAGGCAAAGGGCGAACGGCAGCUGUCACAGGGGCAUUGAUCUCUUCAAUUAGGGAUGCAUGUAGAGCGGGCAUGUUGGAUUGGUCGCCUAGAAUCAAGUUGGCGAUGUAUACUUGUGACAUCCAAGCUUCAACCGACGUACUCGGUAAAGUUUACGCGGUAGUAGCUAGAAGAAGAGGUAGGAUAGUGUCCGAAGAGAUGAAAGAGGGUACUUCCUUCUUCACGAUUAGAGCGAUGUUACCUGUAGUGGAAAGUUUCGGUUUCGCAGAUGAAAUCCGUAAACGUACAUCGGGAGCAGCAUCGCCUCAAUUGAUUUUCUCGGGAUUCGAAACGCUGGACCAAGAUCCAUUCUGGGUACCAACCACCCAAGAAGAGUUGGAAGAUCUUGGUGAGAAAGCAGAUAGAGCCAAUGUGGCUAAAGGGUAUGUGGAUGGUGUAAGAAAGAGGAAAGGGAUGUUUGUGGAGAAAAAGAUUGUGGAGUUUGCUGAGAAACAGAGGACUCUGAAGAAGUAA